GUAGUUGGCCGAUCAAGAUCAGUACCUUAACAUUUGCUAUCACACUCUUGUCUGCAGCAACAAGCCAAGUCUGAAGAAGAAGAACUAGUCAUCGCUUGCCAGGUCCACCUCAAACGCCGCGUCUCACUGGCAAGUGGGCCCCAGGACAUCACCGGCCCCACAGACAGUGACACUGAUGUUUAACUGGUCGGGUCCCACCGGCUCGCGCUCGCCGGCGUUGGACAUGGUCGCGCCCCUUGACUUGGCCGAGCUUAGCUAUAUGUCCACGCCGCGCGUACGCGCCCCCUGGUGGCCGGCGCGUUGGGAGCUCUGAGCGGAGGCGGGCGGCUGCGCGGCCAUGGAGGGACGCGAGCGCCGCCGCAGCAUGUCGUCCUCGUCGUCCGGGAGGCGCACGCCGGAGCUGGAGAGGGAGCGAUGGGCGCCGUGGAGCCCCGCCCCCACGUGGUCGCGGCCGCUCUCCGUCGGGGGCGGCGGCAGUAGGGCGGCGUCGCUCAAGUCGCUCUUCAGGACGAUCGGGUUGUGGUUCAGCUCGCUCUCCACCUCCUCCUCCUCCUCGUCGUCGGCGGCGGCCACCUCCGCCUCCGGCAGCAACGCUAAGAGGAGGAGCAGAAGAGAGCCCAAUGACUUGAUCAAGAAGCCGCCAUUGCCGGGGCCUGGCAGUGAUCAGGGGAAGGCGUCGAUGCGCGGGCUGUACAACAGCAGCAGGGGAAGAGGCAUCGCGACGCAGUUCCAGAGCUCGGUGUUCUCCAUGGAGGAGAUCCUGCGCGCCACCAACAACUUCUCGCCGGCGCUCAAGGUCGGCCAGGGCGGCUUCGGCGCCGUCUACAGGGGCGUCCUCCCCGACGGCACGCUCGUCGCCGUCAAGCGCGCCAAGCUCCGGGACCAGAACCCGCACGUGGACGUGGAGUUCCGGAGCGAGGUGAAGGCCAUGGCGCGCAUCGAGCACCAGAGCCUCGUCCGCUUCUACGGCUACCUCGAGUGCGGCCAGGAGAGGGUCAUCGUCGUCGAGUUCGUCCCCAACGGCACGCUCCGCGAGCACCUCGACAGGUGCAACGGGAGGUUCUUGGACAUGGGCGCGCGGCUGGAGAUCGCCAUCGACGUCGCGCACGCGGUGACGUACCUGCACAUGUACGCCGAUCACCCCAUCAUCCACCGCGACAUCAAGUCGUCGAACGUGCUGCUCACCCCGUCGCUGCGCGCCAAGGUGGGCGACUUCGGGUUCGCGCGGCUGGGCGUCGGCGAGGCCGGCGCCGCCGACGGCGUGACGCACGUGACGACGCAGGUGAAGGGCACGGCGGGGUACCUCGACCCGGAGUACCUCAAGACGUGCCAGCUCACCGACCGGAGCGACGUCUACUCCUUCGGCGUGCUGCUGCUGGAGAUCGCCUCCGGGCGGCGACCCAUCGAGGCGAGGCGGGAGAUGCGGGAGCGGCUGACGGCGCGGUGGGCGAUGCGCAAGCUCGCCGAGGGCGCGGCGGCGGACGUGCUGGACCCGCACCUGCCGCGGACGCCGGCGACGGCGCGCGCCGCGGAGAUGGUGAUGGAGCUGGCGUUCCGGUGCCUCGCCCCCGUGAGGCAGGAGAGGCCGAGCAUGGGCGAGUGCUGCAGGGCGCUGUGGGCGGUCAGGAAGACGUACAGGGACAUGGUGGUGGCCGCCGCCGGCGACGAGACGCCGCUCUCGUCCAUCUCCGACCGGGCCAGCUCGUCGUCCGCCGGCACCGGCGGCGACCGGAGCGGCGAGCUCUGGAGGAAUUAAUCAACGUUUUGCUGUAAAUAUGCAAAAGCGAAAGUAUUCGUUAAAAUUCUGCUCAUGUGUUGAUGUUGUUUGUGAAUUGUGAUCGAGCUAAUCGCUGACACGAUACGGUUGGAAUGUGAUUUUGCCUUCGUUACUUGUCCAUCUGGUUUUGUUCAUCACGUUCUGGAUUUACUAUUAGAUUAAAAAAAUUUUGGGGGCCAUUUGUUA